AAAUACGUUAUUCAUCAUUUAUUUACGCAAAAACUAUACGAAAUUUAUCCCAUUUUCACUUUUGAAUUUCAUUCGUGUGAUAUCAUUGGAAGAGAGUCUGGAUUCAUUUGAAAUAAAGGCGCUUACUGCUAUUUUGCAUUGCAGGUAAAUAUUCUUCUUACUUUAUGAAAAAAACACUCGAGAGUUUAGCCGAAAUGCAAAAUUCGCCAGAUGGAGACGUCACUUUCAGGAAACAGCUGCAUGAGUGUAUCGGAACAGCUCUUGGUGCUAUGGGACCGGAGGAUUUUUUGAGUGUUCUACCUCUCAAAUUGGAAGUUGAAGAUCUAACCGAGAGCAAUCAUUGGCUUUUUCCAAUUCUAAAACAGUACACCGUUGGUGCUGAUUUGAAUUUCUUUACCACGUUGAUUUUACCCAUGGUUGGAAAAAUGAAGCGGAAAUCUGCAGUGCUCCAGCAGGAAGGAAAAACUUAUUCAGCGAGAAGUGCUGAUGGAAUUGUGUACUCCUUGUGGUCACUGCUACCGUCAUUUUGCAACUACCCCGUUGAUACUGCUGAAAGUUUUAAGGGUCUGAAGAUAGAGUUAUGUACUGCUCUUAAAGAAGAACCUGAUGUCUGUGGUAUAAUAUGUUCCAGCUUGCAGAUCCUUAUCCAGCAGAAUAAGAGAAUACUGGAAGGGAAAGAGAAUACCCCGAAUACUGAAAUAGGCAUCUCAGAAAAACGAGCUAUUGCCCUGUAUACUGCAGAAGUUGCCGGCUCUAACUUGACUACGUUGAAGUCAUCUGCUCGUGACUUGUUGGUCGUUCUUACUGGAGUAUAUUCUGAAUCUUCUAAAGAAACUGGUGGCGUUUUGCUGUCUGCAAUCAGUGAACUUGCAUCAAUAUCAGAUAAAAAGGUGGUCACAUUGUUUUUCAAGAAAACCAUGCAGAACCUUCUGAAGUUGACAAAGGAGGCUGGAGUACAAAGGAACUCCUCAAAUUCAGAUUCCAUGCAGAUUGAUAACUCGUCCCACGAAGAUUCAUUGUCAACAGCCAGGGCACAGUUAUUUGACCUUGCAGUUUCCUUUUUACCUGGCUUAAAUUGCGAGGAAAUUGAUGUUCUCUUUGUUGCUGCCGAAAAUGUAUUGAAGGACACUGAUGGGUUGAUCCAGAAAAAGGCCUAUAGAGUACUAUCAUUGAUAUUUCAGCACUCUGAUGAUUAUAUCUCGCGAAACCUCGAAAAGGUGCUCAGUUUGAUGAUUGAAGUGCUGCCCUCUUGUCAUUUUUCUGCUAAACGAUACAGGCUUGACUGUUUGUACUUCUUGAUCAUCCAUGUUUCUAAGGAAGGAUCUGAACAGAGGAGGCAAGAAAUUACUGCUUCCUUCCUUACUGAAAUUGUAUUAGCCCUAAAGGAGGCUAACAAGAAAACAAGAAAUAGAGCCUAUGAGAUUCUUGUCCAGAUUGGUCAUGCAUGCGGUGAUGAGGAGAAAGGCGGCCAGAAAGAGAAAUUGGCCCAUUUUUUUAACAUGGUUGCUGGUGGUCUGGCCGGGGAGACUCCUCAUAUGAUUAGUGCUGCAAUGACAGGCUUAGCUCGUUUGGCUUAUGAAUUCUCCGACCUUGUUUCUGCUGCUUACAAUGUUCUUCCGUCCACUUUUCUCCUCCUGCAAAGAAAAAACAAAGAAAUAGUCAAGGCAAAUUUAGGUUUGCUGAAGGUAUUGGUUGCCAAAUCCCAAGCUGAAAGCCUACAAACUCACUUGCGAAGCAUGGUGGAAGGAUUGCUGAAUUGGCAAGAUAGUACCAAAAACCAUUUCAAAGCAAAAGUUAAAUUGCUACUUGAAAUGCUCGUAAAAAAAUGUGGUUUGAAUGCUGUGACUGAAGUCAUGCCUGAAGAGCAUAUGAAACUACUGAAGAACAUAAGAAAGCUCAAGGAGCGGAAAGAGAAGAAACGGUCUGCUAAAUCAGUAGAAGACAAGUCUGUUAUUUCAAAAGCGACAACAUCCAGGAGCCGAUGGAACCAUACAAAAAUAUUUUCUGAUUUUGGUGAUGAUGAAGAAAUAAACAGUGAUGACGAAUUCGAGGACAAAAAUAGUAUUUCUACUCGACGGACCAAGCAUUCCUCAGCGUUACAAUCCAAAGCAACUAUGUUACGAACCAAGAGAACCCGCAAGGCAGCAAAGAGCUUGCAAGAAGACACAUUUGACCAAUUAGACGACGAGCCUCUCGACUUACUGGACGGUCAGAAAACAAGAUCUGCUCUUCGAUCAUCACAGUUGGUAAAUAAAAAGCCCGAUUCGGACGAUGAUGAACCAUUCUUAGACUCAGAAGGGCGUAUAGUUGUUCAAGAAGAUGGCAAGUACAAAAAGUUGGACAGGAAAAAGAAACGAGAGAUGCCUUCUGACGAGACUGACGAGUUAGAUGGAAGAAGGAGCGAAGCUGGGAGUCACUUAACGAGAAAUACCCAAAAACGUAGGAGAACAUCUGAAUCUGGAUAUGCAUACACAGGCAAGGAGUAUUCGAGCAAAAAGGCGGGCGGUGAUGUAAUGAGAAAAGACAAGCUUGAGCCUUACGCUUAUUGGCCACUUGACCAUAAAAUGGUGAGUCGAAGGCCGGAGCAUAGGGCGGCUGCUAGAAAAGGUAUGUCGAGCGUGGUGCAGUUAGCGAAGAAGCUUCAAGGUAGAAGCGUUGCAAGUGCACUUUCUGUUAACGGGGUGUUACGGGGAAAGGGCAAAAAGAAAGGUAACCAAAAGAAGAGGUGAAUUAAGUUAUAUGAUUUGUUUUUGUAGAUUUAGAAAUUGGUAGUUUUUUUUUCUUUCGGUUAUUUUUGUGGGGUUUAUUGAGGUUUUUUUAACUCUUGUAACAUUAUUAUUGUACACCUACUACAGUUCUUUUUUAAGGUUUAUUCUUGGGACAAGUUAUUCUUAGUGCUUGAAAAAACCCUCGUGUGUGUACCUAAGAAUUCGAAAGUGAACGAGUAAUUUAUACAGACAGGUGAGCUCGACUUUUUCGAACUUGAUUUUAUGGGAUCUUGUUUAAUGUU